CUGUCGUUUAGUUAAAAUAAUUUCUUCUCCGCUUUCCGCUGCCUUUGACAAUCGAGGAUCAUGAGACUCGCCUCCAGCUCCACCACCUCCAGGGGCAGAUCUUAUCCCGGCCGGUACCGCACACUGGCCCCCAACUCUCAGGUGGAUGAAACCCUGUUCGGGAGCCCAACACCGGUAGACAAACGUGCAGCCUCAGCCACCAAGACAAAGGACGGGUCCCAGAAGAAGAAAGAAGGAGAGACAAUUCAGAUCAUUACCAAAGACCUCAUUCGCAAUCUCAGGAUCCCACGCCACGAUCCUUUAGGAGGGGCUGUCAUUAUCCCAUCAGCAGAGUUUCAGCGGAUGGCAACGUCCCGGGUUCUGGACAAGGCGGGGAAGACAGAAGAACACCGCUCCAGUAGACCUGUAAAAAAAAAAAAAAAAAAAAGUCAUUGGAAAAGUGCAGAGGAAGCAAGGCUUCAAAUUUAUAAGGCAGACCUGUCCUUUAAGAAGAACCAGGCACUGACUGAGCUGGAACUGGGGGCCCAGGACCGUGCACGGCGCCUGAUGGAGCGGGCCAACGCUUCAAGGAUGGAGCGAGAGGAUGAGAUCAAAAAGCUCAAUCAGCUGAUUCAGGGUGCUCAGUGUCAAGCCAUACUUGACGCCCAGAUCCAGGAGAAGAAACAGCUCGAGGCGGAGAUGGCAGAGGAGGAGAAGCGUCUGGACAUCAUGAUGGAAGUAGAGCGCCGCAAGGCUUUGGAGACUGAGGAGAAGAUUGAUGAGCUGCGCAAACAGCAGAGGAUCAGAGGAAUGCAGCAAAUUUAUGACCAAAUCGAGCAGCAUCGGGAGGAGAAGAAAGUCGAAGAUGAGAUAAAAGAGCAAGAGAGACAGCAGAUACGAGAGAAGCAGGAGAAAAUGAACCUGGAAGACCUUGAGGCCCUAGAGAAGAAGAAAGUGGCGCAAAAGCUUCUGCAGGAGGAGUCUAUGCGCAUAAAUGCUGAGACUAUGCGAGCCAAGGAACAGAGGAUGGAAGAGGAGAGGCUGGCUACUAUGAGAGCUAUGGAAUACAUCAAAAACAAACAGGGGCAGGAAGCAGAAUAUGAAGCAGAACAAAACCGAAUCAGGAAGGAGAAGGAGUUGGAGAUAGCCAGGCUGCUGGCCCAGCAAGAAAAAGCAAAAGACCACAAGGCAGAACAGGAUGAGCUUCGUGCUCGGAGGAACCAAGAAAUUGCAGACAGAGAAUGGAGGAGAAAGGAGAGAGAGCUGGCGGCAAAGAAAGCACAGGAGGAAGCAAUGCUGAGGGAGGCUUGCUUAGAACAGGUUCACAGCAAAAUGCACUGCCUGUCCAUUGAAGGUGCCCAGAAGAAGGCAGAGUUUGCAAGGGUGCUGAAAGCACAGCAGGAGGCGAUAGCCAAACAGGAGCAGGAGGAGGAGAGGCAGAAUCAGAAAGCGCACCGCCACGCACAGGCCAUCCGACAGCAGAUGAGGGAAAGUGAGCUCUCAGCCAUAGCAAAGCGCUGUGAAACCUUCAAAGAGGCUGAUCGGCUCAUCGAGGAAGCCCGGCAGAGACGCGUACGCCUUGAUGAGAUCAAAAAGAAGAAACUUGAGGAGCUUAAGGCUACAGGAAUCUCGGAAAAAUACGUCAGUGAAGUGGAAAGAAAAGCCCAGAUGUACAAACUCUGAUUCAUGCACAAGUCCUCACCUGGUACCUGCGUCACGUUUACCUGGUCUGUUUAAGAAGGAAUAAAAUGUUUUAAUUUGAAUUUAAAUGAUCUCCAAGGGGAAAUUGCUUACUAAUGUAUCUAAGAAUAUCUAAAAGGAUUUAACAACAAAGACUUCUAUUGCACCUUAAAAGCUUUUGAUCAUUGAUAUGUACACAUUUGAGUAGUUAAUGUUAAUUUAAGAUGUUUUUGUUUGUGUAACUAAAUUGCAAAGUCAAGUCAA